AUGGCUUCCAGCACAGAGAAUGACUCAGAGCAUGGCAGCAAGGACAAAGCCCCCUACACAGUACAGAUUGAGCGAUCAGAGAAUCUUCACGAGCUGUUUGAUCCUGAUGAAGGCAGGACAGACCAGGAACGAGCCGCAAUUGAUCGCAAGCUAAUGCGGAAGGUUGAUAUCUAUCUCAUUCCAUGGCUUUCAUUGGCAAAUAUAGGAAACGCUCGACUCGCGGGGAUGGAAAACGAUCUUAGCAUGACGGGACGCGGCUACAAUAACAGCCUGACCAUUUUCUUCGUCAGCUACGCAAUCGCUGAGGCUAUCACCAAUGUUAUCCUCAAACGUUGUACACCGCGACUUUUCUUCAUGGCGAUCACAAUCCUAUGGGGCUCAAUUACUGUAUGCGCAGGGACUGUUACUAACUACUCCGGGCUUCUGGCAUGUCGAUUCUUUCUAGGACUCGCUGAAGCUGGACUAUAUCCAGGCGUUAGCUACUACCUGUCAUGUUGGUACCGGCGUGACGAGCUUGGUAUACGCGCGGCGGUCUUUUUUUCUGCUGCCGCUCUUGCAGGGUCCUUUGGUGGACUGCUUGCCGCCGCGAUUGCGCAAAUGGACGGUAUCGGCGGCAAGUCUGGCUGGGCUUGGAUCUUCAUUAUAGAAGGCUUAGCAACAGUUGUUGUUGGUAUUGCCUGCUACUGGAUGAUAUACGACUGGCCAGACAACGCUAGAUUUCUCACACCCGAAGAUCGACUUCGGUUGCGACGUCGUUUAGCUGCCGAUAAGCAACCAUCGACAGCAGAGGAAUACGACAAACGCCACAUCUUUGCCGCAUUCAGAGACUGGAAAACCUGGGUCUACGGUAUCAUAUAUAUCGGCUCGAUCAUUCCACUGUACGCCUUUUCAUUAUUCCUUCCAACAAUCCUUCGGGGUAUGGGAUACCAUAGUACCCAGGCGCAAUUACUGUCCGUUCCGCCUUACGCGUGUGCUGCGGUCGCCACGAUCUCCAUUGGCUGGUUAGCCGAUAGGACACGCUGUCGCGGUUACUGCAACAUCGCAGUGACACUUCUCGGGAUUGCCGGCUUCUUGCUACUUGUAUCGUCACCCAGCCCUAAAACACAAUACGCUGGCACAUUCUUGGCCGCUAUUGGGAUCUAUCCAGCUAUCAGUAAUGUGAACACCUGGGUAGCAAACAACGUUGAAGGGUUGUAUAAACGAGGUGUAUCGAUGGGAGUGGUCAUUGGAUGUGGAAAUCUCAGUGGCAUUGUCAGUUCCAAUAUCUACCUAACAAACGAGUCCCCACGAUUCUGGACGGGUCACGGUGUGGUGUUGGGUUCCCUAUUUUUCGGGGCUUUCUGUGGAAGUAUUCUUAUGGUCACGCUUCUCAAGAGAGAGAAUGCAAGGAGACUUUCUGGGAAGCGAGAUAAUAUGCACGAAGGGAAAUCCGCGGAUGAAAUCUGGAUUGCGGGUGAUAAGAGACCAGAUUUCAUUUACACGAUCUGA